UGCAUGCGUUUGUCCUGAAGGUGCUUCGUCGUGCUCCUCCGAAUUGUCCUGAAAGAUGCCGAGCUCCGGUGAUCGCUAAAUUCCAGGGGUGAAGGGGUCUUACUGCACUCUUGAAGAGCUCGAGCUAGUGCAUCUUAGUCUGGCCCAGCGCACCCCCGAGGAACAACUGAAAUUGUCGUCGUCGGAAAGAGCAACGCACAGCUUCAAAUGACUUCUGCGAUGUCACGACUUGCCCCACCGACUUGCUCGACUUAUCAAUCCAUUACUGUGAUCGAUGAUCUGCACCAAAGAUCGACGCAACCUAGCACCCGAUGGUUACAACCAGCCACGCGUCUGAAGAACCAUGCCUUGGCGUCGCGCAGAAGAAGUAACCAAAGCAUCCGUAUGCCCACAAUUUCGGCCAAAUCCUCCCCGGACCGCGAUCAGAGAACCAAAGCUAUCGCGCAAACCGUCCAGAGUGAGUCAAUUCCUGCAGGUGACUACUACCCAGGCUCAAAUGCAUGGCAGACUGUGAAGCAAGAUGAGUGGCAGGGCGAGAUGGAGGUGCAAGGAGAAAUACCCUCAUGGCUUGAUGGAACUUAUCUCAGAAACGGACCAGGUUACUUCGAAGCCGGCGGAAAGGAAUUCCCUCACCUUUUUGACGGUUAUUCCACUUUGAUUCGCCUCAACUUCAACAACAGCAAGCUCAUUGCUCACCAUGCGCAACUCCAAUCCGAAGCUUACAAAGCUGUCAAGUCCAGUGGCAAGGUCUCCUUCCGCGAGUUCGCAGUGACCCCGAAGCACAACAACGUAUUCGAAUGGAUGGGUGAGGUCGCCGGGAUUGCAAUGGGAACCACUCUCACCGACAACGCCAACACCGGAGUAAUCAAAUUGGGAGACGGUAGAGUGGUCUGUCUUACAGAAACUUGCAAGGGCUCGAUUCAGAUCAACCCAGACACCCUGGAAACCAUCGGCCAAUUCAAAUACACGGAUAACCUCGGAGGCCUCAUCCACGCGGCACAUCCCUAUGUGGACGAGAACGAGAUGAUCACCCUUCUCCCCGACUUGCUCAACCCCGGCUACACAGCGGUGCGGAUGGUGGCUGGGACAAACGAGCGUGUUCCGAUUGGACGGGUGAAUUGCAACGGACCUCAACCUGGAUGGGUUCACUCAUUUGCUGUGACGGAGAAUUACAUCGUCGUUCCCGAGGGCCCACUUCGGUAUUCCGUCCGGAAUUUGCUCAAGGCUGAGGAAGCCGAGUAUUUCAAGUUUGAAUGGCUUCCGGAGUCGGGUGCAUGGAUACACAUCAUGGAUCGAUUCACUGGAAAGAUUGUUACAUGCGUUGAAGUGCCGAACUUUGUGACGUUUCACUUCAUUAACGGAUACGAGGACGUUGACGAGAAUGGCAAACCUCAAAUUAUAGUGGACUGUUGCGAACAUCAUGCAGACCCCGUCAUUCUCAAGCGAAUGAAGUUGAACGAGUUGCGGUCGUAUCCAGGGAAAGUCCUGCCAGACGCGAGAGUUGGUCGUUUCACUAUCCCACUUGAUGGAAGCAAAACCGGGACGCUGACAGCUGCAGUCCCAAUUGAAGAGCAUGGAGCAGGACUUGACAUGAACACCAUUAAUCCUGUCUACACGUCCAAGAAGUAUCGUUACGUUUAUGCUUGUGGUGCUUCACGACCCUGCAACUUUCCCAACACCCUCACCAAGAUCGACUUGGAGACAAAGACAGCGAAGAAUUGGUAUCACCCAGGGGGGAUUCCAACGGAGCCUUUCUUUGUUCCAAGGCCAGGAGCCACGGAAGAAGAUGAUGGAGUCCUCAUCUCCCUUGUGAGUGACGACAGCGGUGGCGGCUUCAUUCUAAUCCUGAAUGGAUCCGACUUUACAGAGUUGGCUCGAGCUGAUCUUCCUUAUGGUUUACCAUAUGGCCUUCAUGGAUGUUGGGUUCCUGGACAAUCUUCCAGACUGAGGAUCUAGACCCUUCACACCAUGAAUAUGCCCAAGGGCGUUCUUAGAAAUGGUAUCAAUCAACACGAGAUGCAAUCAAAGGUGGAGCAAUUGCAUUGCUAGCGUAGAUGCAUCCAGUUAACAACUACAGAUAACAUGUAGGUAAGAUAUGUAAGUUAAGCAAUAAUGAUAUGUACUGAUUCUCUAGCAAUGUUAAAUGGAAUUCCCAAGCUUAACAAUUUGUGCGGGGCCUCAAUUCUAAUCAGUUGAAAACUAGAAUCGAAUAGAUUUCCUAGUAUUCUAAGCUUGGUCUACAAAACUAUAAUCGAUCCUCCCACAUCCAUGUUUACAAGGUAGCUUCAAGUAAAAGUAAAUCAAGCAUAAUGUUCGUUUGGAAUCAAGAAAUUAAAAAAGGAGCGGUAAUGCCCUUUGAA